CUUUUUAGCAUAAUAGCUUGUUUAUCUUUUUCCGUCUCCCGUUUCUCAGAACUUUUGUCACGAUUCUCGUUUCUUCUAGCCUUAUCAGCUAUAAGAAGAUUCAGGAAAUACGAUAAGAAAUGACUUCAGCACAUUUCGCUUCUGACGCUCCGAGGAAACGAAAGUAAACACAGCUGUUUUUGAUAGAUAAAAAUAAGCCACCGAACUUUGAGAAUUGUGCGUUUUGCUCGAGUCGCAGCCUGUUGAUCCAGGAGCUGUUGCUUUAAUUUUUAUUGCAACCAUCGAGCUUCGUCUGCCUGGGAAUAAUCCAUCCUAGUGGCGUGAACGUGAAAUCAGUUUGGUGGAGUACCAAGAAACUGCCUAGUGCGCGUAUCCAUUCUUUCCUCUUACCAAACCAAUCACUGCACACUGUGCGCUCUUUUGGACUACAUUCUAAAAAUUCAAAUUACAUAUCCAAAAAAAACAAUGCAGCCCUCAAUUGAAACCUCGUUUGAAGAGCUAGUGAACAAAAUCUUGGAUCGAGUCGAACAGCAAGCAGAGCAGCAAGAAAUUUUGCAGAGCUACCUGAAGAACCACUCUGACCUAUUUGACGUGAGAUUCCGCAGCACUUAUUUGGAUGGUAAAUUGUCUAAACUGGUGUUCGAACUGGUGCGCACCUGCAGUGUUGCCGAGGACAACAUUGAGUUGCUGUCUGACAUUGUCCAGAAUGACCAAGAUUUAAAGAAGGCAUAUGACCUCCACAAGAACCGAAUCAUAGAUAAAUACAAUGUACAAUGUGGAAAUCGCAUUAACCCUGAAGUUGUGUCCACAAUAUCAGAAAAAAUUGGCAAGAAGUGGAUGGAGUUUGGACACCAGCUAGGUGUCCCAGAUGGUAUAAUAGAUGAUCUCGAGAAAAUUCCCAACUACCAAGAGAAAAUUGAACGGAUGUUUGCGUGGCUUUCAAAAGACAAAUCUCGGAGCGAACAAGAGAAAUUGAUAUUAAAAGCUUUGGAAAAGGCUAGGAGGACCGACCUGAAGGAAGAGGUGCAUGACUUAAUAUACAAGUAAUUUACAAGAAUGGGGCAAGUAAGGUUAUUUGUUGGCAGUAAAGGCUCGUGUAAUUUACAAACAACUUUUAUUCUCAAGUCAUACCUGUUACAUGCUCAAACACAAUUCUUUGGCUUGAGUAAAAAACCAGGCAAGUGGGUGUUGCUCGUCGAGUGGUGACAUUAAUCGCAAAUAGCUACACCUUAAUUUUGAUUAAUUAUCAUCUUGGAAACCAAAUUCAUUAAUCAACGACUUCCUACAUUUAGAAAAAUACUUACAAUUGAUUCACCCACUGAUUAUAUAGAAGUUCCUUAUACAAAUACACAGACACACUCGACCAACUGCCAAAAUCAAUUACAUAUUAUUAUUCUCAAUAUUAUUCAAGCUAUACAUAAAGAAUAACCGCAAUUCUCUUUCGCCACAACAACUCGUUAUGUACAAAUUGAAGCUUCCUCAGGAUUCAAGAGCAAUUCGUAAUAAAUAGGAUUAUUAUUCCAGCACUGCUUGGAGUGUGUGUGUGUCACUAGCAACGUAACCAUUCGGAAGUAAUAGAAACAGAGAGAAACGAAAGAAGUAGUAGUCCUCUUAAAAAAGCUCAGCAGCCUUAAGAGUUUAUCUUUUCCUUUAUGUCUGAGUGAGCACUCGCAACAGUCUUCAGUUCGUUCGCAAAGUCCUUUCGAAGCGCGAGGGCCACUACACCUGAUGUCUGUUCUUGAUCACUGAGCUGUUCUUCACCGUCAAGUCACGGUGCAACUGAUAACCAAUCAGAACCUUGGCUGGGAUGUUCAGCCGGGACUUUAUGCGUUGUCUGAAAUCACAAAACAGAGUAUAAGCAGCAGUAAAAAUGAAUU